UUACGAGUUACAGUUGUCGGUGAAAAAAUAUCGCAUAUGCUUAGGAGCAAAUUUUCUACUUGAAAAUUAUACAAAUUAAUAAAACGAGUAAAAUAUUUAAAAAAAAUAAAAAAACGACAUAAUUUAUAUAACAGAUAUCAUGAACUCGUUAUUAUAUCAGCCUAGAGAAGGUGUAGAGUUCACACAAAGAUCAGAGAUUCCGUUGUUAAAAGUGCAAUAUAGCACAUUUCAGACUGCAUUAUUUUGUUUGGUCAGGGACUGGCUGAAAGGCAAGGUCGGUGUUGGUGCACCGGAGGAGGAAUCCGUAAAAAAUGAUAUCACAGAAGUAAAUGACGCUGUAAAUGGUGAUGGACUUAAAGACGUCUUGGACGAGGAGACAAAACCUGUUUACGACGAAAUGGUGAAAAUAAAAGUACCAGGACAUCUUAAAGUAGCUACUUCACAUCGAAAAUGGUUAAGACUCACAUACGAAUUACUCCAAAAGAUAGGUGUCACAUUCUCUGACAAAAUGACAGCCCUUGUCCGCAAGCACGAUCUCAGUAAAUACACACACCGAGAAGUCCUGGGAUAUGCUGUAAUGUUUGGAGAUGGUUCUUAUUGACUGGAGACAGUUGGA